AUGGGAAUCAAUGUUCCAUAAAAGAAAGUCUUGGUAACUUUUGGAAACAAAGAGAAUUUUAGAACAGACAAUUGUGAUUGUGUUGGAGAUAGAAUAGAUUAAACAAUCAUAAAUAUGAACUAAUUUUCCCCUUAGAAAUAAUCAACACCUUAAUCAAGCGUUAUCAAUUAUUAAUUCUAAUUUACCUAAUAGAUAGAUAAUAAGUUAAAUAAUUUUAAUAAAUAAUAAUAACCUUAACUCAAAUUAGUUAAGCAAGAUUCUAAUCUAAUCCAACCUAUAUUUUCAAAGAAGAAUUCUGAUUAGUAAUCUUAAGGGACAAAGUUUUAUACUCGUAAUAAUUCUAUAUAAUCAACUCCUUUUAAGUAGAUUGCAUAUAAUUCAUCUAUGGGAACUAGUCCAUUAAAAAGAAAGAAUUCUUAAAAAACUAGUGAUAUAAUCAUUAACUCUUUAUAAAUUGAAGAUAUGAUGUAAAAUCAAAGCAAAUUUCUCAAAUAUUUUUAAUAAAAUUAUGGAUCACUCAAAAAACAUAAUAAUAUAGUAGAUAGGAGAAAAUCUUUAAAAUCUUAAAAUAGGAUUGCUUUAGUUGAUGCUUAGAUGAUUAAAAUUUGA